UGAAAUAAAUGUUAGCAGGGUAGAAAUUUCUCGGCACUUUAAACUUGUAGGUUCGUUUAUUCUUAACCAGUGAGUGCAGGUAUUGAUCUACAUUGCAAGAACGUAAAUUUAAAAAAAAUGGUGCUUAAAAAGUCGAACUCUCGACUGAAUUCUGGAGCAACCCAAAGAGUGUCCAGAGGUGGCGUUAUUUUCGCUGAACCAAUAACUAUGACCAUGGAGAAUGUGAUCGCCUUUACAGUACCACCUAUACAGCCAAAAAAUGAAAAACUAGAAGAGAAUGUAUCGAAAUGUUUGGAGAAAAUAUGGAACUAUAUUCAAUGGGAGGGACCCGGUCUGCCACGAAUUCAGAUUUCAAAUUAUAAUAGCGCUGUUUUCUACACAUUGAAUAAAGACAAAAGAUGGCUCCUGCCAGCUAGGAUAGACACCAUGAUGUCAGACAUUGACUUUCUACAGAAAAUUCCCGAAUAUUUCAAUUUAAGGAUGGUCAAGAGGAAAGACAUUCCAAACAGAAGCUAUAGAAAACCCCAUUUAUCUGAAACAAAGGAUGCUUUUAAAAUACUUGCACAGCGCGCCCAAGAGGGAGUAGGAAAUCAGGAGAAAAAAUCUAGAAAGAGACUUACAUACCAUGGACGAGGUGUCCAAAGACCCCACGAGUACCAAAGGAAACCUCACAAAGAACGAAACCGAGUUCAUACGCCAUUUCCCGAUAACGUGAAGGCUGAACUUGAUAUCGGAGUCGUCCUACCCUAUCACGUCGAUGCCAGGAGUGCCUACAACUAUAAUUAUGACCUUAGAUACGGCGGUUAUGGUAAUUUACGCCACAAUCCAAAGUCAUUUUUUAAAACAAAAAGUUACGUCAAUGGACAAAAAGAAUGUUUUAAGGGUUUUACGAAAGCUGACAUGAAAGAAGACACGAUUGAAACUUUAAUGGAACUGCACGGAGAAUGUGAAGAAUACAUGGAUUACUGUGAUACAGACUGUUGUCAUUCUCUCCAUGUAUACUCUAAGGGAUGCAAUAAAGACUUAGCUCAAGAAGUUUAUCUUUGUGAUUUGAUUGUAGACAAUAAAAAGAAAACAAAACGACAAAGGAAAAGGAAAGAAAAGAUAGAUGUGCAAAUGUUUUACAAAGACUGGUGCAACCAACAAAGCGACAAAGUUUUUACAGAAAAAAAUUGGAGGAGUGAACAUAACUUAAAACAAAGUUCUAGACAUAAUCUUCAAGAUGAUCAGCUUAAUCAUUCAUUUGAAAUCAUUUCAUCUGAGGAAGCUGCUUACGAUUUGGACGUAGAACAACCCAAUAAAUCUCAUAGUUUGGUAGAUGAGUUUAACAGUGGCAACGUGCAAUUUGACCUAAGUUUUGUGAAUGUUGACCUGGUGGAAGAAACUUUGUUUUCUUGUGAAAAUGAAUUAGACCAACAGCAACUCAGUGAAAGUGGAGUGGUUGAUGUCUGUCUUGGUAACAGUUAUCCCCCGUGCUUUGUUGUCAAGUUCAGUGGCGAAAACGAUGAGACAAAAGAAUGGUAUCUCGUUGGGAAAAAAUCUGGCCAUCCUAAUUCGUCAUGGCUGAUAUCCAUACAGUGCCAGGACAAUUUAGAAAUAAAUGCCAAAUGUAGACAAAGAAUUUCAGAACAGCUGGGAUGUAGAUUAACGUUUCAAAAUCUAAUCUAUUUAGUUUCUGCUUUGAAAUAUGAUGUUUUUGGCGAACAUUCCUGUUUAACCACAAACAAAAAACUAGGCCAUGCCACUUCUUCAAACUUUAUCUGGCAACUCCUACCACAAACAAGAACCAUUAGUACACACACCACCACAGACGCGGUUUCUCUGUUACAACAGCAACUAGAAUACAAAGGCGACCCUGAACAAUUGUUUCUGACAUCUCUAAUUAAAACCAAAGCGGAGGUAAUCCAGACAAGUGACUGUACCACCUGUUGUCUCCCCUAUACACCUGACAAUCCAGCACUGAUGUUGUCCUGUGGACAUGCAUUCUGUGUGAGCUGCUGGCGUACUCAUCUAUUCUACAACAACAGACAUGGCACCAGUUAUCUACCCUGUAUGAUCACUAACUGCAGUUGCCAAAUGGACCUUGUAACUUUGAAAUCAAUUCUGCCUUUUUCAGUUGUAACUAAAUGGUCGAAUCAAGCAAGAGACAAUUUAAUUGAUUCCAAUCCUAAAUGUAACUGGUGCCCUGAAAAGGACUGCCAAAAAUUUGCUAUUUCCACAUCUUUUCCACUAAAGACACAAUUUGGUUUUCCAGUUAGUUGCGGCUGUUCACACAACUGGUGUGGGAACUGUCAAAAAACACCUCACUGGCCCACAUCAUGUGACCAGAUGUCUGCAUAUAACAAACUUCUGGAGAAAACCGGCGCGCAGUUGAAGUUUGGUCAAGCAGUGUUCAGGAUCAAGUUAAAACACUGCCCUCAAUGUGAGAACCCAAUAGAAAAAAAUGGCGGCUGCCCUUCAAUGGUGUGUAGAGCGUGCUCGUUCAAUUUUUGCUGGCAGUGCUUGCGAGACACACAAACACAUAAUAUCUUCGCCUGCAAGGAUUCGUCUGAAAGCUACAAGACUCACAGUUUAGCAAACGACCUAGUCAGUGACCUUCCAAUAAAAUAUUUCACCACCUGUCUGGAAUUGCACAAAUUCUCUUCACAUAUCAAACUAUUAGAAAAAUGGCUUCAAAAUAUUUUACAAAUGAAGGCGGUCACCGUCAAGUUCCCCACAUCAGUUCUUUGUGUUAGUGACAACAAAAGCAUGUUGGACUUGACCAAAUCAUUAGCUGAAGAAAGUUUUUAUUUCUUAGAACAUGCCUCAACAUUUAUGGAAAUGUUUUACGUUUUGUUGUCUUUCGCAGCAGUAGAUAAAAGAAAGUUUUGUAAAAUAACAGCAGUAAGCCUGCACAAAAUGUCCAGACUAGAGUUUAUAAACAAAAGAUUAGAGAACUAUGUGAUGGGGAAAACUCUGCCACAGAUCAGUAAAUCUGUCAGAUCAAUUGAAAUCCUCUUAAAAGCUGGGGAAAAUGCUAUAUCAGAACUUGUUCAAUUGGCACCACUGUUGCAGAACAUUUCUAAAGAUGUUAAGGCUGAAACUAUAGGAGAAUUAGAGCCAUUAAAAUAUUUAAGAUACAAAUAA